ACGCGCAGUUCAAUCGGAGCAGUUCGCGGGGACGGGACGGCUGGAUGACGUCGUCCGGGGAACGACGACGCUCGGCGUCGCGUGCGACUCGAGAUCAGCGAUACCUCGGCGAGGCGAGCAGCGGAGUGCGGGUGCUACAAAACGGACCGCGGUAGAGGAUCGCGUUCAGUAGCGGAGCGCGCCGCGCGCCGUAUAGAUCGUGUUUGUGUUUCGCUUGUACGCGCGAGCGAACCGUCAUCGUACGCCUGUUGUUAUGCAUUGUACUACGUACGAUCGGGCACGAGCGAUGCGUCCUGUGCGUUUUUCGCGCGAAAGAGCGACGAGCUGAUUGAUCAUCGGUAACGCAACGCGGAUCCAACAUGUCCAUGAAGAAGGAAUCGCCUUGGGACGUGGAGUUGCAUUUGGCGGCAGCACGUGGGGAUGCUAAACGUCUCCGUGUUUUAUUGGACUCUGGACGCGUCCACGUUGAUUGCAAGGACAAGGAUGGCACGACACCUUUGAUUUUAGCUGCCGCCGGCGGUCACAUCGACGCCGUGACCGAGCUGUUGCACCAAGGAGCGGAUCCUAAUGCCAAAAGACUGACCGGAACAACGUCUUUGUUUUUCGCCGCCCAGGGUGGUUACAUGGACAUCGCGAAUCUACUUUUGGAACAUGGCGCGAUCGUGGAUUCAUGUAGUAUAGACGGGGGCACGCCGCUCUUCGUUGCAUGCCAAUACGGUCAUCUGGACGUUGUGGAGGGUUUAAUAGAGAGAGGUGCCAGUCCGAACGCUCACAUGAAAGACGGCGCCACGGCACUGUUUAUCGCUGCCCAGAACGGUCAUCUUCGUAUUCUGGAGGUCCUCCUGGAGCGCGGGGCGAAGACGGACGCAGCGAGGACGGAUGGCGCCACGCCUCUCUGGAUCGCGUCGCAGAUGGGACACGACCACGUCGUCAGGAGGCUGUUAAAGGCCGGCGCCAAGGUCGACGCCACUAGACACGACGGCGCAACUCCGCUUUUCAAAGCUGCCCAUAAAGGUCACACGGCCGUCAUUGGCGAGCUGCUCAAAUAUCGUCCCUCGCUCGGUGUACUUCCUAAUGGCGAAAGUGCACUGCACGCUGCAGCCUUGACGGGACACAUGACAGUCGCGAGGCAACUUGUAGGAGCUGGGGCUGAUCCGUUGCUCGUAAAUCAGGAGGGCAUCACGCCACUUCAGCUAGCUGUCAGGCACUCGCAGACGCAGGUCGCCAAUUACCUAAGGGAUAAAGUGAGAGUGCGAACCGCAUCCUGUUAAUGAUAUUAUUUCUAUCGAGAAUCUCGAGAUAUCAUUCGGCUCAAAUCAAUUUCUAAACAGGAUGUAGGGGCACCAGAUAGAGCGAUGCGAGAAAAAAAAUAGUCGAUCUCCAUAAGAGUUUUAUUACUGAUAAGAGAAUCCUUAUAUAAUGUUAUAUUUGGAAAAUUAUUUUAUUAUUUCGUUAUAUAUAUUUUAUUAAAGAAUAUCUCUGUUAUCAUAUGUGGAGAAAAGGAUACGCGCACGAGCGUAUAUUUGUUCUUUUAUUGUUAAUGAAACUCUUAUUGACACUAAAAAUAAAACUGAGCUACUUUUUCGUACACUGCUCUGUAUUACAUAAGUGAUAUUAAUGACGAUCAUUAAAUACGCGAAGGAUGCGAUGACAGGAAAUUUAACAAUUUCACGUAGUGAAUACGCUGACAAGCACAAGUAGGUCGGUUAUAUCAAUAGAGACUGUAAUCAGAAAUCCGUCUUUAUUAGAGAGUGGGUCUGUUUAUUUUAAUUGCUCUUUUUCCUGAAUAUAUGCCAAUUUGAUUUUAAGUACAGAAAGAAUAAUUUAAAAAGUGCAAUUAAAACGAACAGAUCUAUUAUAGAGAGUGUAUAUAAUCAUAAUACCGUUCCAUUCUGUGGUAAAUAUCCCGGUAAAAAUAUUUUAAUACAUUUUUCUACUGUAAAUAUAGUAUAGCCAAAAUGUUAUAAACGCCUGAAAGAUAAUAGAUCUGUUUCUUUUUGUAUUUCGCAAUAUAAACGCAUGUGUUAAAAUAUAUAUCAUAGAUUUUCCGAACUUAUUAGUUAUAAUCUUAUGUUAUAAAAAUUCAACGUUUGUCUAGAGCAUAAUUACAGAGAAGUGAUGUCGAGAUUUCUCGAAACUGAUAAGUUUCUAAGACUGAAUGAUUUGCCUUGAAAUACAUAUUUUUCUAUUGUUCUAUUCUGCAGAUCUUUUAAAAUCUAUCUUAUAUUAGAUAACAAGGGAUGUGCAAAACGAUAAGAUUGUAAUCGUUAUUUGUUUAUAAUUUUAUUAAAAUACUGACACUGAACAAUGCACACUGAACAAUGUUCUGCGAAAAACUGAAACAGUUCAGCGCAUUUAUAUUUUCAAUUAAAAAUAAAUCAAUAAAUUUCUUAUGAAUAAAAAUAAUAUAUAUAAAUAAAUAAUAAAUGAAAUAAGUCACAAUAAAGUGUGAUACUUAAACACUUCAAUAUUCAAAUAUUUUGUAAUAAUUUUAGCUUUAUGGGGAAGUAAUAAGUACUCUUCCCGUCUUCCUAACACUCGGUUCAUUAGUUAUAAUUAUUGUUAUUGUUAACGAAAAAUUAAUAAAUAACUUUAUAAA